GUCGCGCCCCGCGGCCAGCAUGAAAGUCACGUCCCUCGACUGCCGCCAGCUGAGGAAGCUCCUGCGGAAGGAGCCCUCCCGCUGCCUGGUGCUGGACUGCCGGCCCUACCUGUCCUACUCGGCCUCCUGCCUCCGCGGCUCCCUCAACGUCAACCUCAACUCGGUGGUGAUGCGGCGGGCCCGCGGCGGGCCCGUGCCCCUCCACUUCGUGGUGCCCGACGCGGCGGCCCGCGCCCGGCUGCUGCCGGGCGGCGAGGGGGCGGCGGAGGCGGCCCGCCUGGCGGCCGUCGUGGUGCUGGACCAGGGCACGGGGCACUGGCAGAAGCUGAAGAAGGACAGCACGGCGCAGAUCGUCCUCAACGCCCUGCUGUCCAGCCUGCCGGAGGCCGGCGCCAGGGUCUGCUUCCUGAAAGGUGGCUAUGAAACCUUUAAUUCGCAAUAUCCCGAGUGCUGCGUGGAUGGAAAACUCAUUUCCCUGGAGAGAAACGAAAUGGAGAGGAACGUCGCCAGCCCCUGUGAGCAGCCGCGUGCCCCCCACAAGCCGGCGUACGACCAGGGCGGUCCGGUGGAAAUCCUGCCUUUCCUCUACCUCGGCAGCGCCUACCACGCUUCCAAGUGCGAGUUCCUCGCCAACCUGCACAUCACCGCCCUGCUCAACGUCUCCCGGAAGAGCUCAGAGUCCUUUCAAGACCAGUAUUGCUACAAGUGGAUCCCGGUGGAGGACAGCCACACGGCGGACAUCAGCUCGCACUUCCAGGAGGCCAUCGACUUCAUCGAUCAUGUCAGGCGAGCAGGGGGCAAGAUCCUGGUACACUGCGAAGCUGGGAUUUCACGCUCUCCCACCAUCUGCAUGGCGUAUCUCAUGAAAACGAAGAAGCUCCGCCUGGAGGAGGCCUUCGAUUACGUCAAGCAGCGUCGGAGUCUGAUCUCACCAAACUUUGGUUUCAUGGGCCAGUUACUACAGUACGAGUCAGAGAUCUUGUCUUCCACUCCCAGCCCCCCUGUUGCCUCAUGCAAAAGAGAAGCUGUGUCCUUCUUUGCGGAAGAACUGACAUUAGGCAAAAAUUUUGAAGGCUCAUGUUUCGCCUUUCCUACCUCAGUCUUGAGUUCUGUGCCCAUCCACUCUCCUGUCCAUCAGCUGAAACUUAGCCCGAUGACCGCAUCUUCGUCCUGCUGAACCCGCCAGGAACCGGAGCUGAUGCAGUCCUCUGAUCCUAACUGUGACUCCUAUUUGAACAUUUCAUGAAUGUGCAAUAGAGAAACCUCAUGGACUUCGUCUGAGACAGAGCAGUCAUCGCGGGUGGUAGUUGCUCUAUGCGUGCGCUGACUGUAAGAUCCGAGUGCCAUACAUGGGGCAGGUUUUCUGAACUGUUAACAUCCUUUUUUUUAAAGUGACAAAGUGCUUUUCUAGGUUUUUAUCCACAGCGUGUGCACCCACUACUGUGUUUCCAGAUUCUUCUGGAGCAGUGAGAGAUCCCUUCAGUGUAUUCUCAGUCCCCAUCUCCUCCCACUUUCUUUCUUCUUUUUUUUUUUUUUUAAGAACAUUAUUUAAAGUUUCAAGCAAUAAAUGGCAGCAACAGGGAAGAGCAAAACGCAAAGCACAACCCUUGACACUUCGGAGGGGGUGCGAGCCAACAGCUGUUUUGCUUUUUCUCCAGCUUUCUCCCCGCCUGGGUGUUUCGGGGAGGGAGCAGAGGGCCGGCAGCAGGGCGCUCCUUUCCCAGGACGCUGCUGCACGCCACGUGAAAAUCCCCUCCGCCCUGCUGCCUCCUCUGGAGCAGCAGGCAGCGCCCGCGAGGCGCCAAGGCCGAGCCAGGCGGAGGGGGCAUUUCGUGUACUUCUGCCUUUGCCUUUGGACUGGAGGUGCUUUUAACUGAAGCAGGGAGGCUUAAGCGAUGCUCUGGGGCUGCUCUGCUGAGCGGUUGUGGUCCCGUCUGAGAACAGCCCUAGAGUACCGGACGUCUCCGCUGGCCUCGUCCAAGUUACUCCCCAUCAGGUGACACUGUAACUGCAGGAUUUUACACCAAACCCCCCCCCCCCCCCCCCGCUGAGGGCGGCUCCAAGCCGUCUCCGCUCCUGGCUCCCCCGCAGCGUUUCGGCCGCGUGUAACGUGCGUGGCAGAGCGCGCUCGCUCCCGUCUCGUGGCUCGCUCCGCGCGUGCGGCCCCCCGCGCGGAAACCCCUUCCUCGCUCUCGUGCCGCGUCUGCGGGAGCUCAGGAUGCGCCGCUCUGUCUCUCGACCUUUUUAUUUUUAUAUGUAAUAUGUGUGGGAAACGGCAAUAAUUUCCAGACAAUCUCGUGAAUGUGAAAGAAAACCUGUGACGGUUUUUAUGGAGUGUAAAAAAUAAUAAUAAUAAUAAAGGAAGGGGAAAACCCCGUCCGGA